AUGAAAGCUGAUAGUUUUCACUCAGCAUGGUCAGAUAAGCAUGCUAAAUAUAAUCAGUUUAUAUGUUCACAGCUUUUUGCAGGUUAUAAAGUUCGAAACAAAGACUAAUUAAAAAAACAGCAUAUACUCACAAACACAUCAGAUGAAUAAAAAAUGGUUAACAAUCUUACAGCUUCAUAAAGUUAUUUAAAUGCAAUGAAAGCAUUGUAGGAAAAGAUCAAAUAACUUGAAUUCGAGAACUCAAGUUUAUAGACUCUAGUGGUAUUGAUGGAUUAUAAAUUAGUCAUCAAAUGAUUGCAAGAGUAACCUAAAAUCUAACGAGAGAAAGAUUAAGGAAUCAAGUGUGCAUUUAAAAACUAGUGAGAACCUAUAAAUUAAAGAACUUGAAUCCAAAAUAAUGCAACAAGAAUUUACAUCUAAAUUACUGUUCGAGGAUUAUGAAUGCAAAAUAGAAUAAUUACAGCAUAAUUUAUUGAGCAUUACAUAAUAGGCCGAUCAAAGACACAAGGAAUGUAUGGAGGAAAUCUAAAAUUUGUAAUUUUAUUGUGUUAAAUUAAGAAAUGAAUAGCUGAGGAAUUAAGAAGAAAAUAAUAUUAACUUCAGAAACAAGGUUAACACCUAAAAUUAAAUGUUAUCACAAGAAAAAUAAGUAAAUAUAAAAUGUAAGUUAGAAUUAUUCAAACCUCUAAUUCCUUUUCGAAUAAGAGAAAAAUGAGAAAAGAUUUUUGUUUGAAAAUAAUGAAAAAUUAUAGUAAGAAAUAUUAAAUUUGAAAGAAAAAUUAUUUGAAGCAGAAACAUAUAUAUAAUAAUAUACAGCUUAUUAUAAUGAUAAAAAACUAAGAAGUAAUUUAAUAAAUAUUGUAGAAUUGGAGGAUGAAAACAAUAAAUUAAAAUAUUAAAUAGAGCUUUUGAGAACAGAAAAUGAAUAACUUUAAAAAUCAAUCUAGAAUUUGAAAUCCAAUUUAGAUUUAACAAAAAAAGAACUUGAAGAAUCAGAGUAUACAAAGGUCAAAAAAUCUUCUGAAUCAAAUGUAAGAAUAGAGUAAUUAAAAUAAUAAUUAAUUACUUUGUCAUCAAAGUCUAAUCUAUCCACUCUAAGUCCAAGAAUAACUUAAAAAAAGAACAUUAAAUAAGUCUCAUCCAAAGAAAUGUCAAUAAAAGCAUAAAAAAUUAGAGAUCUACGAUAAAUCAAAAGCAGGAGUCUAAAUAAAUUGAAUGAUCCUUAAUUUCUAACUCAAUCUCAAUCUAUGCAAAAUAAUAACCAUUAUAAUCAAAAAUAAUAAGGGUAUGAUUCUUAAAGCAGUGGAGUCAGUCGAUUGAUCGUAAAGACUUUAGAAGAAAAUUAUCCAUCAUAGGAGUACAAUAAUGCAGUUAUGAUUUGUGAUGAAAUUACUUAGACUGAUUAACAAUUUUGUAGAAAUCAAUAGAAAUAUCUCCAAGCAGUUUAAAGAAUACAGUUUUUGGACGAGCAAUUAGCUGCACUCAAUUUAUAAUACUAAGAUAUAGAAGAGUAGAUUCAAUAGUAAACAGAUAUGAAUAUAAAAAAAGAAAAGAGAUAGAAAUUACUAGAGAUAAUCGAUUAAAUGUAAGAUGUUAAUAAAGAAUUAAAUGA